GAGAACCUGACGCUCGACAUGCUCUCCGACUCGGUGAUCCCGGGAGAGAAGCCCAACUACCCAUAUCCCACUCUCAUCCGAGCGGCCAUCCUUGGGAGUCCGCGCAAGGCUCUGACUCUUCAAGGAAUCUACAAGGCGCUCGAGGACAGGUUUGAAUGGUUCAGGACCCAUAGGAACGACAAGGGCUGGCAGAACUCGAUCCGGCACAACCUUUCCCUGAACAAGCUCUUCCGCAAGCUUGACAAGCCCAUCACCGAGCCUGGCAAGGGCAGCUACUGGACCGUCGAC